GAGUAACACAGACAUCAUUUACGAAGAAGGAGGAAAAGGAAAACUUGAAGGAGGUCGUGUAACAUCAAUCAUUCUUGUGCGUGAUCAUAUUGCACUUGCAGUAAUUCAUAUGCUUAUUCGAAGAAAGACUCAUUCUGCAGCAGGCGUGGUUGGACUCAUGGAGUCCUUCCCAGAAAAAGGGAAAACAUGAUGAGGCCUGGAUUGAUCAAAACAAAGAAAAGGCCUAUGAUUAGGUGGUUUACUGCGCUCGCGGAGUGACAUCGGCUUGCGCUUGUGUGUCGUACGUUCCGAUUUAUCGAGGUGACGCGUUGCCCUGGAGAUUUUCACCGAACGGCUAGCGGAUCAAGAGCCAACAGCAACUGCUUUAUAAUCGGUACAGUUCAGGCGAACUCGCACGAGCAGUCGGCAAGAUGAUUCGGCCAGGGAGCUCUUUGUCGAAGCAGAAGAAGAAGGUGCAGGUCUCUGCGGCCAAGACCUCGACCGGGAGUACGAAGAAAUCGGAGCCGAGCCGACCGAACGUGUUCGAGUACCUGGAAAGAUGCGACUACGUCGGGGCUAUGACAAUCCUGCAGUUCGACAAGACCACGGGCGCGGAGAACAUUCCCAUGUGGCUCGCCUACUCCGCCUUUCACAACGGCGACUACAAACUCGCCUUGGAAAACUAUGAGGAGAUUAUUAACAAGCAUCGGAGUUUAGGUCCGUUCUUUUCAUAUGCAGUUUCUAAGGUUUAAGUGAGCUGUUACUGAAACUUCUAUGCUUGAUGAGAUUCUGUCGCCGUCGAAUCAGAUCGGUCCUCCACACUACAGGAAAAAACGUCGAUCCGGCGCUGCAUUUGUACAUGGGUUGUUGUCACUAUGCGUUGCAGCAGUACGAGCAAGCAGAGGCGUGCGCGCACCGCUGCGAAACCGACUCCGCGUUGAAGAAACGGGUUCUUUUUCACGUCGCGCACAAAAGAAACAACGAAAGUUUGAUGAUGCAGAUGCACUCAAGUCUCUCCGACAGCUGUGAAGACCAAUUGUAACAAACACGAAGUUUUUCUUUGUGUUUUUGCCGUAGUUGCGCCGUCCUAUGUGUCAUGUGGUUGAUGAUUGAAAAUACAACCGGUCAGCAAGGUCACACAUCAUUUCUUGCUCUUCCGGGGGUGUCUUCAGCCGUCGUAGCAUGAGCACUGAUGACAAUAUCUCACUCAGGUGCCUCGCCGCGGUGCAGUUUUUGCGGAGCCACUUUCAGGAGGCGACGGAUAUGUACAAACGGAUCCUGGUCGAUAAUCGUGAGCACCUCGCCGUCAACGUGUACAUCGCCGCGUGCUACUACAAAUUGGAUUACUACGACGUGGCGAUCGAGAUUCUGCAAACGUACCUGGCCCAGUUCCCGGACAGUAUCACCGGGGUAAACCUGAAGUCUUGUGCGCACUACCAGCUGUAUAAUGGGAAGGCCGCGGAAGCCGAGCUGAAGGUGCUACAGCAACAAUCCGAGUCCCCCGUGUUUCAGGAGCACGAUUUGCUCAGGCACAAUGUCUGCGUCUUUCGCAACGGGGAAAAUGCAAUGCAGGUGAAGGAUUUUAGUUUUGAGAGGAGGACGGAGAUUAUGUAUCCUUCGCCGACGCCGAGGUUACUCUUACUUACCGGCCGAACAAGAUGAAAAUUCUCGAAGUAGAAAGGAUCGCUCGUAGAUUCAUUUCCUUAUCGUUGUUUUGGCCUAAUCAGGUGCUGCCACCGCUGGUGGACAUAAUACCUGAAGCCCGGCUGAACCUGGUCAUUUACUAUUUGAAGUUUUCACAAGACUACGAAGAGGCUUACAACCUGAUCAAAGACCUGGAGCCGUCAAUACCCCGGGAAUACAUCCUGAAGGGCGUCGUCUAUGCCUGCCUAGGUUCGCUGUUUGCUCAGUGCGUAAAUAGGUGCUGGACCACUUUCGCUCAACCAGAACUCACUGCCGAUUGACAAAUUUCUACAUAAGCCAAACAACCGCAAACGACAUAGCCAGCGGAUUCCCGCCAAGAAAACAAAACUGAUUGCAGGUCAAAAGACGGGCAGUCGCGAGCACCUGAAGAUUGCGCAAGGUCUGUUCCAGCUUGUCGGCGCGAGCGCAUCAGAGUGCGAUACGAUUCCCGGGCGACAGUGCAUGGCAUCCUGCUUCUUCCUUCUGAAGCAGUUCGAGGAUGUUUUGGUGUACCUCAAAUCGAUCAAAGCCUACUUUACCAGCGACGACGACUUCAACUGGAACUAUGGUAAGGGCACUAUUCGAUUUCUUGUUCCCACACUGAACCACGCGCCCCUGCUAGUACUAUGCUCUCAUGCAGGAUGAUGAUUUGCGAAGACUCGGGAUACAAGAGCUUGACAUGGGGGCUAUGAUUCAGAUUUCUUUGUAUCUACUUACAUACAAGUUACAGCAUACCUAACGUCACUAUCUGUACAAUCCCCGUACUCUACCAGGAAUCACCUGUGCGAACGUUGGCGAGUACAAAGAGGCGAAAGAGGCGUUCCAAAUGAUUACCAGUGACAAGUACCGGAACGAAUUCACCUACCUCUCUUGGCUCGCAAGAUGUUACAUCAUGAACGGGGAGCCGCAGUACGCAUGGGAAACUUACGUAAGUUUGAUUUAGAUUUAUCAGUUAGCUGUAGGAAGUUUUCGAAUGACGUGCUGGACCUAUGAUCCGCAGGUACUCCUGGUUCAACAUCAACGAAAGUUUCCCGCAGUAUGGGCGAAUUGCGAAGUGACAGUACCAUUAUUCACGUUUAUUCCUUUACCGCACUUCAUCGAUCAAGAUGAUGAUGAUGAUGAUCCCGCUUUCACUUCAGGUGCGCAUGGACACAAACAACGACAGCUUCAACCUUUUACACGUGAUCGCCAACGACUGCUACAAGAUGGGCCAAUUUUACUACGCGUGCAAGGCCUUUGACGUGCUGGAGCGCCUGGACCCCGACCCGGAGUUUUGGGAGGGCAAGCGCGGUGCGUCGGUGGGGCUCUUUCAGCAGGUGGUGGCCGGUAAGGAGACGCCGGAGCGGUUGCAGGAGGUGGUAAACCUGCUGCGGGCCACGUCCAACCCCCAGGUGGAGUACAUCAUCAACCGGGUCAUGAAGAAGUGGGCCAAGGAAAACCGGGUACGGCUCGAAUAA